CCCCGUCGUCGUCGUCAGUCAGUCAGUCAGUCAGUCAGUCAACGGAUCACACAGGCUGGUGGCUCAUUCCUCUCAGAAGGUAUGGAGGGGGAAGGCCAGGACCGGACAUUCACCCUCGAAGUUGAGCAUCGCAAGCACCUCGUCCACAACAUAAAUAGGCCCCAAACCCCAGCUCUCUGGAUGAUUUUUUCUUCAUCAGCUCAAACACUCUCUUCUAAAUCAUCAGUUCUCAAAGUCUCUUCUCAGUUUCACCACAAACUAUCAAAGCUUCUUACCAUCAAGAUGUACGCCACCACCAUUGUCAACUUCUUCAUGCUUGCCGUCGCGGCAUCUGCUGCUGCCACCGCCAAAGCGGCCGACUCCAAGGCCUUGCAGAAGGCUGCCGAGGGCAAGUGUGACAUUGGCAACAUUGCCUGCUGCAACUCUGUGCACGAUGAGAAGGAUGAGACUCUCAUCAGCUUGCUGAAGGAGGGUCUCAUCCACAACUUGGUCGGCAAUGAGGAUUCUCCUUGUGCCAAGGCCAGCCUCAUCGAUGAGCUGGGCCUCCUUUCUCUGAUCAAGCACACCAACGAAGGACCCGUUUGCAAGAACGUCAUCGCUUGCUGCCCCGGUGGCACUUGCGUUGCCAUUGACGGUUCCGCGGAGAAGGAGAAGUCCAAGCGGGACGACUACGACUACGAGAACAAGGGCCACAAGGGCCACAAGAACGAGAAGGAGGACAAGAAGGAAGACAAGAAGGAAGACAAGAAGGACAAGGAGAACAAGCACGAGAAGGACGACAAGCACGAGAAGGGCCGCAAGGAACAUGGCCGCUACUAAACGGCUUUCCUUCGGGCGGCUUUUCCAGCAUGUCUCAUGCUCGAUGGCCUUUACGACACUUCCCCAAGUCAACAGGGGGAUAAUGGAUUGUUAACAAAGUCUACUGUUGUGCCAAUUUAGACGGGCGACUUGGUGGUUAGACAUCUGAUAGCCACUUGGGCCUUUUUGUCGCUCGUUCAGCUAACUUUCGAUGGCGCGCUCUUGUUUUAGACAUUAUCUGCUUUAAUUCUAUCAGUCACUCGUUUACCAAUCAAAUACACUGGACUUUUAUUAUCAAUUG